AUGAACGACCCAGGACUAAACAACCUCCUCAAAUGGGGUAUCCAGAACUCCGAGGCUUCGCGCAAUGAUGCCGCUGCCGCCAACCAACCGCCGCCUCAAAUCGACGCCACGGCGCUGCAACAACUCAUGACGGGAAUGUCAGGACCUUCGGAUGCGCAAUUGAUGCAGGAGAGCAUGCAGGUCAUUCAGAACGAAGAGGCCGAAUUGGAGCAUCGAACGACCGCCUUCGACAACUUUGAGCAGCUCAUCGAGAACCUCGACAAUGCAAACAACAUCGAGAGUCUGGGACUAUGGGUGCCCCUUGUCGAACAGUUGGAGAACAAGGAGUCUGAACUCCGGUAUUACGCUGCAUGGUGUUGCGGCACUGCCGUCCAGAACAACAUCCGGACACAGGAACGGCUCCUCGUAGUCGGCGCCAUCCCCACCCUCGUCCGCAUGGCCACCUCAGACACCGAGAAGAAGGUCCGCAAGAAGGCAGUCUUCGCCCUGUCGUCCUCCGUCCGCAAUUUCCAGGCUGCGCUCGAUGCCGCCGUAGAGCAUGUGCCCGCCGAGUUCAAGCCGCAACAAAAGCUGGAUGCCAACGACAUGGAGUCGGUCGAUGUUUUGAUCAACAAGCUCCGUGAGAGCGUAUAA